GGCCAAUUCCCCCUUCACCUGGCGGCAAGAGGCGGAUACUUGGGGAUCAUGGGCCUCCUACUUAGUCGAGGGGCCAGACUAGAUGCCAAAGACACUUGCGGGCGGACUGCGCUCCACUAUGCUGCUGACGCUGGCCAUCUUGAAGCCGUGGGCAUGCUGCUUUCUCUAGGGGCCAAUCCUUUUCUGGUGGACAGCGAGGGGUGCAACAGUCUGCAUAUAGCCGCGAGCAAGGGAAGGGAGGAUAUCGUGCGGGUGUUGAUGGAA